CCAUGCCUGGGCCCCAGUGGAAAAAGUUUCGCAGCAACUUUUGUCAGAGCAUUUCGACAUACGAGCACUUUGGCUGCCAUGAAGCUGAUGACGGCACUGGUGAAUGUAGCACUGAAUCUAAGCAUUCACCAAGAUAACACGCAGCGCCAGUAUGAAACUGAGAGAAAUAAGAUGAUUGGGAAGAGAGCCAAUGAGAGACUGGAGCUGCUGCUUCAAAAAAGGAAAGAGUUGCAAGAAAACCAAGAUGAAAUUGAAAAUAUGAUGAAUUCUAUUUUUAAGGGUAUCUUUGUUCACAGAUACAGAGAUGCCAUUGCUGAGAUCAGAGCUAUCUGUAUAGAAGAAAUUGGUGUUUGGAUGAAAAUGUAUAGUGAUGCAUUUCUAAAUGACAGCUACUUAAAGUAUGUUGGCUGGACUCUCCAUGAUAGGCAAGGAGAAGUGAGACUUAAGUGUUUGAAGGCAUUACAGAGUCUCUACACCAAUCGAGAGCUGUUCCCCAAACUGGAACUCUUCACCAACAGAUUUAAGGAUCGGAUUGUUUCCAUGACUCUUGAUAAAGAAUAUGAUGUUGCUGUUGAAGCAAUUCGCCUCGUUACACUCAUCCUCCAAGGCAGUGAAGAGGCCCUUUCCAAUGAAGACUGUGAAAACGUUUAUCACUUGGUAUAUUCUGCGCACCGCCCUGUAGCUGUAGCUGCUGGUGAAUUCCUUCAUAAAAAAUUGUUCAGCAGACACGAUCCACAAGCUGAAGAGGCCCUGGCCAAAAGAAGGGGACGGAGUAGCCCCAAUGGAAAUCUUGUUAAGAUGCUGGUGCUUUUCUUUCUAGAAAGUGAGUUGCACGAACACGCAGCCUACUUGGUUGACAGUUUGUGGGAAAGUUCUCAGGAGCUUCUGAAAGACUGGGAAUGCAUGGCAGAAUUGCUGGUAGAGGAACCAGUGCAAGGGGAGGAAGUGAUGUCUGAGCGACAAGAAAGUGCCCUGAUAGAGCUGAUGGUGUGUACAAUUCGACAAGCUGCGGAAGCACACCCUCCUGUUGGUAGAGGAACUGGUAAAAGGGUGUUAACUGCCAAGGAAAGAAAAACACAAAUAGAUGAUAGGAAUAAGCUAACGGAUCAUUUUAUUGUCACACUUCCUAUGUUGCUGUCUAAGUAUUCUGCAGAUGCUGAAAAAGUAGCAAACCUUUUACAGAUUCCUCAGUAUUUUGAUCUGGAGCUUUACAGCACUGGAAGAAUGGAAAAGCAUUUGGAUAGUCUUUUGAAGCAAAUAAAAUUUGUGGUUGAGAAGCACACAGAGUCUGAUGUGCUUGAAGCAUGCAGUAAAACCUACAGUAUACUUUGCAGUGAAGAGUACACCAUUCAGAACCGUGUGGACGUAGCGCACAGCCAACUUAUUGAUGAGCUUGUAGACCGGUUUUCCCAUGCGAUAGAAGAUUUGCUACAAGAGACAGAAGAAGCAGAUGAAGAUGAUGUGUACAAUGUGCUGGCCUCAUUAAAACGUUUAACAUGUUUUCACAAUGCUCAUGAUUUAACCAAGUGGGAUCUGUUUGCAAGCUGUUAUCGUCUUCUGAAAGCAGGUUUAGAGCAUGGAGGCAUGAUAGAGCAGAUUGUUGUACAAGCUCUUCAGUGCUCUCACUACUCCAUCCUCUGGCAGCUGGUGAAGAUCACAGAAGGCAAUCCUACCAAAGAAGAUAUGCUUGCACUGAGAAAGACUGUAAAAUCGUUCUUAGCAAUCUGUCAACAGUGUCUGUCAAAUGUCAACCCGCCAGUAAAAGAGCAGGCUUUCAUGUUGCUCUGUGAUCUAUUGAUGAUCUUCAGCCACCAAUUAACCACAGCGGGCAGAGAUAACUUGAUGCUGCUUGUUUUUAAUCCAGAUUUAGGACUACAGUCAGAGCUGCUUAAUUUUGUUAUGGACCAUGUGUUUAUUGACCAGGAUGAUGAGAACCAGAGCAUGGAAGGUGAUGAAGAAGAUGAAGCUAACAAAAUUGAGGCCUUGCACAAAAGAAGAAAUCUGUUGGCAGCCUUUUCCAAACUAAUCAUCUAUGAUAUUGUAGAUAUGAAUGCUGCUGCAGACAUCUUUAAGCACUAUAUGAAGUAUUACAAUGAUUAUGGGGACAUCAUUAAAGAAACCCUAAGUAAGACCAGACAGAUUGACAAGAUUCAAUGUGCAAAGACUCUCAUCCUCAGCUUACAGCAGCUCUUCAAUGAGCUUAUUCAAGAACAGGGUCCUACUCUAGACAGGACAUCUGCCCAUGUCAGUGGCAUUAAGGAACUGGCUCGUAGGUUUGCACUCACUUUUGGGCUGGAUCAGAUCAAGACCAGAGAAGCAGUGGCAACUCUACACAAGGAUGGCAUAGAGUUCUCCUUCAAAUACCAAAAUCCAAAAGGGUUAGAGUAUCCUCCUCUAAAUCUGGCUUUUCUAGAAGUGCUCAGUGAGUUUUCUUCUAAGCUUCUUCGUCAGGAUAAGAAGACUGUACACGCUUACCUGGAAAAAUUCCUUACUGAGCAAAUGAUGAUGGAGAGAAGAGAAGAUGUUUGGCUCCCCCUUAUCUCCUAUAGGAACUCAUUGGUUACUGGUGGAGAUGAAGACCGACUAUCUGUAAAUAGUGGAGGUAGUAAUAGCAAAAGCUCCUCUGUGAGGAGUAAGAAAGGUCGACCUCCUAUACACAAGAAGAGAGGUUUGGAAGAGGAGAGCAUAGACAACUCCUGGAUGACUAGGAACGACACAAUCCAGACUCCAGGAGGGCUUCAAACUCCUCAAUUAACAUCUACUGUAUUGAGGGAGAACCAGCGACAGAUGCCAGAGCAGAUUCCUGAACAGGAGUCAGAACACAGUUCAGAACCAGACUUCUUACACAAUCCCCAGAUGCAAAUGUCCUGGUUAGGGCAGCAAAAGUUAGAAGAUUUGAAUAGAAAAGAUAGAACAUCUAUGAGCUACAUGAAGGUGCGCAGCGGUGUAAGGCACCCAGUACGGGGUUUGAUGGAAGAUGAUGCAGAGCCAAUUUUCGAGGAUGUUAUGAUGUCAUCACGAGGGCAGUUGGAAGAUAUGAAUGAGGAAUUUGAAGACACAAUGGUUAUUGACCUGCCUCCUUCACGAAACAGACGGGAAAGAGCAGAGCUCAGGCCAGACUUCUUUGACUCUGCUGCCAUCAUUGAAGAUGAUUCAGGAUUCGGAAUGACAAUGUUCUGAGGAUUGGUGCACACUUGAUACUCCGUUGUCUCUAGGCCUGUAUACUGUGAGCUUCUGUAAAAAAAAAAAAAAAAUUAUCAGAAAAAGUUUUUUUUUUUUUUUUAAACAAUUAGUUUUAUUGAAGCCAAACUCUUGUGGUAUGGAAAUAUUCUGCACACAGGUGAGAACCGCUUCCAGUUGUCUCACAAGGAAGAUAGAACAUAUUUUGAAUCCAUACUGCAGAAGAUGUUAACCACAAACAGCAAUUUAAAAAUUUUAUUACCUUGGGGAAAGGGAAGAAAAUAAAUCCCUGGUUAAAUAUGGACUAUUUUAUGGACAACCUCUUGUUGCAAUUUUUUUUUUUUUACCUGUUAAUUUCCUGCUGUAAGAUUAAACUGAACACUUUUUUGCCUUUUAAUGUUUAAAAAAAAAAAAAAAAAAAAAACUUGUGUUUUUAAAUGUAAAGUAUCAGCUGGCAUAGGGUUGAUCUCCACACAGUUGACUGACAACAGACUUCAAAAAUGCACUGGAAUAAAACUGGUUAAAAAAAUAUAAGGUAGAAGAGAAUGGCGAACAUUUCUUGGAAUCUAGUCCUGCGAACCCAGAAACUUUGGACAUAAACAGAUAAUCGCUUAUGUAAUCAUUGUAUUUAAUUUUACAUCAGAAAUUAUUUUAUUUUAUAUUUUGCAUCCAAGACUCUUGCUCCACUACAGAAUUUUAUGUAUCUUUAUUUUCUAACAAGAAAGGACAAGGUAACCUUUUUUUUUUUCUAUCAGUACUUGUCUGUACAUUUUUACAAACUGAUACCAGCAAAUUAUCUUCAUACGGCAGAAACUCUGUUGCAUAAUUUACAGUAAAAAAAAAAAAAAGUUUUUUUUUUUUUUUUGAUGGGGGGUUGUUUGUUUUUGUUCAACACUUUUUAUAUUACUUGUAUUGUUCAACACAAUUGUGCAUAUUUUAAAAUAAAUAAAGCAAACUUAUUAUAGUACAAAUGAACAGAGUCUAUUCGCCAUGCAGUAAAGUACAAUUCAGCAGUAAUAUUUUUGUAAAGAGAGAAAAAGCAAAUUUUAAACUGUUCUACUGUUGUCUCUACAAAAGUACUUGGAUGGUCUUUUUUUCACUCCCUCUUUUUCAUGUUGAAAAUAAUUACAUUUUCAGUGUUAACUGUUCUGAGUUUAAUGCCUUUUCAGGGAAAAAUAUUUUUCCCAGCACAAUUAAAUCUUGUUUCUCUUCCCUGUUCUGUAUUGAUUUUUUGUUUUGUUUUUUUAAUAAAAAAAACACACUAGUGUUUUUCAAAUAAAAAAAUAAUUUUAACUAA